CUCUCUUUUUUGUAACAGUGUCUUCAGGUGAUUUAUUGGACUCUUUGAUGUAUAAAACUGUCUAAACUACAGCAGUCUGUCACCACACCGUAACCGCACGAUUGAGUCUUUUGGUUUUGGGUUUGUUUAAAUGUCACUGCUGCUGCUGACAUUCUGACAGCCUCCUCUCUUUGGGAUCUGGAUUGUCUCAAACCUGCUGCGGGCUCUGACAUGAUGACCAGUAAAACCUCAGCACUGCUCCUCCUCUAUGGUGUCAUGCUGCUUUGGCCAAAUGUUCUCAUCAACAGUGCCUCAUCCCAAAGGCAAACUGGAACAGAUGUCUCUCUCUCUGCAGUGCAGGAAGAAGAGCGCCCCCAUGUGGCACAGCAGCUAGUACACAGCUGUGAUCAAGCAUUAGACAACUACUGCCUGAACAAUGGGCAGUGCAUGCUGCUGGUCGACAUCAACGAACACCACUGCAAGUGCAAGAGAGGUUUCUACGGCCCCAGGUGUAGCCACGUGGAGCUCGUCUUUCAGCCAGUGAAAGAAAAGCAUGUGAUUGUCACCGCUGUGUGUGUGAUUGCGCUGGUUGCAGGCCUGGCGGCAGUGCUGCUUGUCUGCUGCCAGUGGUAUAAGAGACAAAGAAGGCUCCGACAACAGAAGCAACAUGGUUAUGAAGGAGUACAGACACCUUAG